AUGAUUCCAGCACCUCUCCUUUCGCUCGCCCUUCUGUUUGGUGCGGCCACCGCUGUACCUCUUGGCUCUCCUCUGCCUGGAGCACCUCCUGCAAAUCGCUGCAUGAUACAUUGCCCACCUCAAAGACACGUAUUGAAGAAUGUCCCUCGUGACCUGGAUCUGCGCAAGCCCAAAGACUUUGACUGGGCUGCAAUACUCUGGACGACGGCUUGCAAUGCUAUGGAGGGCAUCGAGCCAGUCUUUGAGCUGGUCGAUGGCAAGGUGGAGGUGUACUGCGCCAGCCGCGACGGGAAGCACGACCUCGCCGAUGAUGUCGUGCAGUACUGGAAGAGCAAGGGUCGUGACGGCUUUGAACUCUGGUGA